AUGGAAAGGCAGCAGCCCCUAUAUUCGCGGCCCGCUUUUUGCAGCUUCACCGUCUUGCCGAUCAGCGCCGACAGACUGGUGCGAGCCCGAAGCUCGUCAAGCGAAUUGCGGGUCAGGCCUCAUGGCGUCCGCGCGAUUAUAAGUGGUAUAAAACGGCGUCGUUUAUGCAAGCAAAAUGGGGCGGUGGGGAGGGGUGCCGACCUGCCCCCCGACCGACAAUUAGGCCAGCGACGCCUUCACCAGCCCGCUCGCCUUUGCUCAUGUCCAGCACCGCCGCAUGGCGUGCCUUCAACUCGGCCAUCACCCGGCCCAUGUCCUUCAUGCCGGACGCGCCGAUCUCCGCCUUUGAUCGCCCCGAUCGCGGCCUUGGUUUCGUCCUCGGUCAGCGUCUGCGGCAGGAAGCGCUCGAUCACCGCGACUCGGCCUUUUCGGCGUCGGCCAGUUCCCGGCGGCCGCCCUGUUCGUACAUCGCGAUCGAUCUGCGGCGCUGCUUGA